GCCAAACGCAAAGCUGCAAUGAGUUCUAUAAAUGCAAGUGUUUCCCAGAAUGUCUCCAUUGUUCAUCCUGAAUACUUUUUCAUCAUUGGACUUUCAGGUAUACCGUACAGCAGUUAUUACUAUAUAUUCUUAUUUAUGGUUUAUUUUAUUAGUGUAAUUGGGAACUCUGUAGUCCUUCUCAUUAUUGCUCUUGAGCGAAGUCUGCACAGUCCAAAGUACAUUGGUGUGUUUAACUUGGCCUUGGCUGACCUUGGUGAAACUAAUGCACUGAUUCCUAACAUGAUGAAGAAUUUUCUGUUCGACUCACGGUACAUCUCCUACAAUGCUUGUUUGGCAAAAAUGUUUUUUGUGUUCUUCUUCAGUUCUCUGCAAAGUGUCCCUCUCGUUGUUCUGGCAUAUGAUCGCUUCAUUGCAAUUUGUUUGCCUUUAAGAUAUCAUGCACUUGUGAACAAUACAAGUAUGAUUUUAAUUUUCUCAGCAGUUUGGGCAUUUAAUUCUUCUAUUGUGGCCUUGAUGGUGUCUUUCAUCAGCCAACUUUCAUUCUGUGAAUCCAUUAUGAUACAAAGUUAUUUUUGUGAUCAUGGACCAGUGUUUAGGUUGGCAUGUAAUAACAAUAGCAUUAGUAGGAAAUGUGGCUCAUUCAUAUCCUGCUUUUACCUCCGAGCUCAGAACCGCCUUCCACAAGGGAGUCGCAGCGUCAGCCGUUACACCACCGAAUUCCGCACCCUUUCCGUUCAAACCACAUGGUCCAACUCCGCUCUCCGCACAGCCUACUAUGAAGGACUGUCCACCCGUCUAAAAGACGAACUGGCUGUGCGGGAGCUCCCUGACACCCUGGAGGGCAUGAUACAGCUGGCCCUCCGGGUGGAUCAGCGGAUGAGUCAUAACACUAAAACUGUCUUCCGUUCAUUUUCAGGUUCCACCGGCUACCAAAGGGCUCCAGACUCAUCCACCUUCCAGGCUGUCGCUGCGUCUCCGUCACCUCCACCGAUCGCCUCAGAGGCCCACUCAAUCGGAGCCGGGGAACCCAUGCAAAAAGGGCACACCUCCCUGUCAGCGGCUGAGAGGGCCAGACGCUACCGCGAGGGCCUGUGUGCCUAUUGCGCCUCCCCGGACCACCAUCGAGCUAUCUGCCCUCUUCGUCCGGGAAACGGGCAGACCAGGUGA